CGGGGACCUGUGGGGAUGCGUCUGAUUCUUUGCUUCGUGCUGUUGAGUAGCUGCCCGGGGGGCUGGGACGCCGUUAGUCCCCACGGCUGUCUCUUGGCCCGAAGACUCUGCUCUUACUUGGAAGUCUGUGCCAAGGAGGGACAGGGCCAGGUGGGAAUGCAACCGUCCAGGUCCUGGCAAGAAGUCAUCAGCCUGGCCUUCCGAUACUGGCAAGGUGUGCUCCAGCGGCUGGUGCCUCAAGGACUGUUCUGGAAGGAUGAUGACCCUCAAGAUGUGAAGACUCAGAAGAUGGAGGACAUGCCCAGGCUCCAUGCCUCAGAGACCUGCAUGAGGGAUGCACAGGCAGCCUUUUCCAUCAAAACCACUAUGCCAAGGGGCAAGUGCAAAGAGAAACUCUGAUUGCUGUUCCCUAAGAGCCCAGUGACCAAGGUGAACAAGGAACAAUGCUUGGACUCUGAAAUGGUUCCAGAGGUCCUGAACCAAGAGAUGACCAACCAUGGCAAGGCCCCCCUACAGGGGAGGGCAUGGCCUUCUCCAGGAAAACUGAGCCCACCCAGGGCCUGUUUAUAGAGGGAGGCAGGGUGAAGGAGGGAAUAGACAUUGGUUGAUGAGGAAUGAAAAGACUCCCCUGAGGCUGAUGGAGAACCUUCUGGAAGAGAGGGCCUGGAGGAUGGAAAAGAACAGAGCUUCCAAUACAGAGCCCACCCAAUCCAGCCUCUGCCACUGCCCAGCUGUGAUCUUGGACACAUUCCCUAGGCUCUUCAAGUCCCUUCUUCUACAUCUGUAAAAUCGCAAUGCUAAUAAAGGCGACCCCU